CGCACGCGCGAAGGCCGGGCCCGAGCACGAGACCUCGGGGCGCAUACUUCCCCACUCUUUCCGAUCCGGCGCUCCGUACAACUGUUGGUGGCGCGCGUGGCUGUUUAAGAAAUGGCUGAUUCUGAUGAUGAUGACAUCCCUCAGCUUUCUUCCCAUACCCUAGCAGCUCUGCAGGAAUUUUAUGACGAACAGCAGCAGAGAAUGACUGACCCUGGUGAAGAUAAUAAAUAUAAUAUUGGGGUAAUAGAAGAAAAUUGGCAAUUGAGUCAGUUUUGGUACAGCGAUGAAACAGCAUUGCGAUUAGCUACUGAAGCUAUUAUGGCUGCUGGUAAAGGUGGAAGGAUAGCAUGUGUCAGUGCCCCCAGUGUUUACCAGAAAUUGAGAGAGUUGAAUAGUGAAGACUUUUCAGUGUGUAUCUUGGAAUAUGACAAAAGAUUUGCUGUAUAUGGAGAGGAAUUCAUCUACUAUGAUUACAACAAUCCUUUAAGUUUGCCUGAAAAGCUUACUCCACAUAGUUUUGACAUUGUUAUUGCUGAUCCACCUUACCUUUCUGAAGAAUGUCUCAGAAAAACAGCAGAAACUAUCAAGUAUCUAACACAAGGAAAGAUUCUGCUUUGCACAGGUGCCAUCAUGGAGAAAGAAGCAACAGAACUUCUUGGAGUGAAGAUGUGCAAAUUUAUUCCAAAACACAGUCGAAAUUUGGCAAAUGAGUUUCGAUGUUAUGUUAAUUAUGAUUCUGGACUGAAUUCUGAAGUUAGCUGUUCAUAGCACUAUAAUGCAAGAGAAUGUCCUCAAUAAAAUUAUAUUCUAUUUC